AUGCGGGAGCGGCUCCUGGUGCUGCUGUGCGCGCUGGCCCGGCGGCGGCGGCGGCGGCGGGGGGCGGCCAUGGCCGGCACCGGGAACGGCACCGGGAGCGGCACCGGCACCGGCGGCGGCUGGGACGGGCCGCAGCGGCGGGCCUGGCUCCGGCACUACUACAGCCAGCGGCAGAAACGGCUCAUGACGCUCCUGAUCGCUCACCGGAGGAGAACCAGCUGCUGCUUCUACCCCCGCGCCUGGCCCAGCCUCAGGAGCUCGGACUGGUGGGAGCGGGUGGUCCUGAAGGAGUUUGGGCCCCAGGACUGGCUGGAGAAGUUCCGGAUGUCCAAGGAGACCUUCUUCUACGUCUGCAACCAGCUGCGGCCCGGGCUGGCCCCGCACAGCGCCCACUUCCACCCCACCCUGCCCCUGGAGAAGAGGGUGGCCGUGGCCCUGUGGCACCUGGCCACCAACGUGGGGUACCAGACCCUGAGCCCGCUCUUCGGCGUGGGGCCCUCCACGGUGCAGAGCUGCGUGAGGGAGGUGAGCUACGCUGUGGUGCUGCUGCUGAAGCCGCUCUACCUGCGGCUGCCCAGCGAGAAGGAGCUGGAGAACAUGGUGCGGAUCUUCCGCACGCGCUGGGGCUUCCCCCACUGCAUCGGGGCGCUGGACAGCCUGCACAUCCCCAUCCACCCGCCCCUGCGCCUCGCCAGCGACUACUGCAACGGCCAGGGCUGGCACUCCAUCCUCACACAGGCCACCGUGGACGGGCUGGGGCAGUUCUGGGACGUGUCCACCGCCUUCCCGGGCAGCAUGGAGAACAGCGCGGUGCUGGAGAGCUCCAGCCUGUGGGUGCUGGCCAAGGAGGGCCGGCUGUGCCCCAACCCUCCCAAGCACUUCAUGGGGAAGGCGCAGAAGUACGUGCUGCUGGGCGAUGCCACCUACCCCCUGCAGGACUGGAUCCUCAAGCCCUACCAGGAGGACGAGAACCUCACCCAGCGCCAGCUGCAGUUCAACUACCGCCUGAGGCGGGCGCACAGCGUCAUCGAGAACGCCUUCCUGCGCCUCAAGGCGCGCUGGCAGAUCCUCCUCAAGUGUGACGACUGCAGCCUGGAGCUGCUGCCCACCCUGGUCCUGGCCUGCUGCAUCCUGCACAACGUCUGCGAGGCCCACGACAACCCCUUCAACGAGGAGUGGCUGGAGGGGGCCGAGCCCACCGAGCUGCCCAAGCCCUGCCAGCCCGCGCCGGCUGCCAUGGAGGACAACGGGGCCGAGCAAGUGCGGGAGCUGAUGUGCCAGUACUUCGAGAGCUGCGGGGAGGGCUGAUGGGGCCACCCAGCACAUCCCUGCACAUCCCUGCUCCGAGACUCUGGCAAACUUUGGCCCAGCGGUGCCAGGACUGCAGCCCAACCAGCCGCACCAUCCGGGCCUGGGGCGGGGAGGGGCGGCCGUGUCGUGCUCGUGCCGGGUUUGCUGUGCAGGUUUCAGGCAGUGGAAUGUAUUUUGUGCCCUUGCUCUCUCUGCCAGGAUCUGAGUGGUGUGGUGUGUGCUGUGGGAGCAAAGUGGGGAUCGUGGCUGAGCAGAUGGGGCAAUGGAGGUCUCCCUCUCCUCUGUCCCGAGGCCCCUUCGUCAGGGCCGAAACCAGCAGGAGCCUUGAAAUGAGGCAAAACUCCUGUGAAGGUUCAAAACCUGCUGCGUAAACACACCUGGGAGGGGAAGGGGAGGAAGAGGCACAGCAGUGACUUGCCGAGGGAAUGAAACUGCACCCGCAAACUCCUGCAGCAAGUGGGGUGGGCUGCCCAGCCUGGCACCCCCCAGCUCCUCUCAGGGUGGGGUUUGCCCAGCCUGGCACCCCCCAGCCUCUCCCCAGAGGGGUUUGCCCACCCUGGCAGCCCCUGAUCCCUCCGUGGAAGGGUUUUUUUCCAGCCUGGCACCCUCCGGCCCCUCUCUGAAGGGAUUUACCCACCCUGGUCUGUCUCA